CAGUUGAGUAGCGACAUCAAGGCUCGUCUCUUGGCGUUCCAGCAGAAGCGUACGAAGGGCAUCAACCUGCCAGGCCAUGCAAGCCCCCCAGCAGCCUCAAUUAACAAGCCGUUGCCUCAGCUUCCUUCGUUGUCGCAAGAUCACCCUGCCAACAAGAGGUCGUUGUCAGCCAACGACUCGGCUCCCAUAUACUCGAUUCCGUCUCCCCAGAUCAGCACUGGCCACCAAGCACCCCCUGCGGUUAUAGACGCCCCUCCACAGCAUCCCACGCCCUCCAAUUCGCUUGGGCUCACUUCCAAUGCCACUCCCCAAGCAAUGGCCCGGUUCCCGGACUCCAAGAAUACCCCCAGAUUCGCAGGUAAUCCUACCGUCGACCUCAAGAAAAAACCGUCGUUGUCGCAACGCAGAGGCAUGAAGCUCGAUAUGAGCGCAAUGGCCAAUUCUCCCCCAGCAAACUCACAAGCAUUAAACCAACCCAUAAAUCUAGAUAAUAAUAACCCCAGUGGGCCCGGCUUUCUGGAUGUGGUAUCUCCACCAUUGCAGACCACAGGUGGCAUCUCAAGAAGGUUGUCAGAACGCAAGAACAAGCCCAAUUUCAAGUUAAAUCUCGAUGCCAGCAAUAGCGAUCUUCCUCAGCACCGUCGCUCGAAUAGCACCAGCAGUGACUCCGCUGCCGAGGAGUCCAAACAAGACGACGACAAGAAACCACAGUUGCAGGGAUUGUUUGCCAACUACUCAAAAUACGUGGACAUCAAGUCUGGUCAGUUGAAUUUCGCUGGUAAAGCUUCGUUACAUUCCAAAGGUGUUGAUUUUUCUUCAGGCUCAUCUUUCCGUAUCUCCUUGGAGGACAUGGAAUACAUUGAAGAAUUGGGAAGAGGUAACUACGGUUCCGUUUCCAAAGUGUUACACAAGCCAACAGGGGUCACCAUGGCUAUGAAGGAAGUCCGUUUGGAAUUGGAUGAAUCCAAAUUCACCCAGAUCUUGAUGGAACUCGAGAUUUUACACAAGUGUGACUCGCCAUACAUCGUGGAUUUCUAUGGUGCAUUCUUCGUUGAGGGUGCCGUCUACAUGUGUAUGGAAUACAUGGAUGCUGGAUCUCUUGACAAGGUUUAUGGUAAAGAAAGAGGACUUCAAGAUGAGGCGUCUUUGGCCUAUAUCUCCGAAUGUGUUAUUCGGGGAUUGAAAGAGUUGAAAGACGAACAUAACAUCAUCCAUCGAGAUGUUAAACCUACCAAUAUUUUGGUCAAUACUUUGGGUAAGAUCAAGCUCUGUGAUUUUGGAGUCUCUGGAAAUCUUGUGGCUUCCUUGGCCAAAACUAAUAUCGGAUGUCAAUCAUACAUGGCACCAGAGAGAAUCAAGAGUGUGAAUCCCGAUGAUGCUACCUACUCCGUACAAUCGGAUGUUUGGUCGCUUGGUUUGACUAUUUUAGAAGUUGCUGCGGGCCAUUAUCCAUACCCCACUGAGACUUAUGGUAACAUCUUCUCACAAUUGAGUGCUAUUGUUGAUGGUGACCCUCCUAAGUUGGAUCCAGCUUACUACUCCAAGGAAGCACAGAUGUUUGUUAAGUCAUGCUUGAACAAGAACCCUGAGUUAAGGCCCUCUUACGCUGCCUUGUUGAAUAACUCGUGGUUAAUUAAGUACAGAGAUGUGGAUCCUCACAUGGCUGAACUGGUAACCGCUCGAGUAAAUGCUCUAGACGAGAAGAAGUCGGUGAGCAGAUCAAGCAGUCUCAAAAAUUCAGUGGCUUCUUUGGGACAGACGCCUCCCAAUAUCGAGAAUGUCCAGUCCUUGUUGCGAAACAAAGUCAGACCACCAGCUUUACAUAAAGGAGGGUUGGUCGCCAAUAGAAAUUUCAUGAACCGAUAG